UUCCUGCCAAGCUGACAGGGACCUGGCAUGAUAUGAGUUAAAGUGUGGGUGUAACUCGUUAUAUACUGGCCCUGUUUGACUUCAGUGUCAUAUAUUCAACCUAGAGAGAGCUCAGUGAAGGAGAAAGGAUCCUUCUAGGCCAGUUGAAGGAUAAGCUCAACUCACCCUUAGCAACAUGUCCCAAGUGAUACCCAACCAUGUAUUGCGGGUGGGUCAAACAGUCUGCAUGGCAUCCAAGGACGAUGGUGGAGUGUUCAGGCAAGGUGGGCACCCAAGAGCCAUCAGCGUGACCAAUACAUGCUCUUACUUCAGCACAGACAGAUAUGGUGGACAGGUGCCAUUACAAUACAAUGGUCACAUUUUGUCUCACCCAGGGCUCUAUAGUGGAGAAAGGAACCUGCCUUCCAAUUCCAUUCCCACAGUUUUGGGGAAUAUGAAUUUUAGCCCCCAAAGUGACCACAAAAGUCAGCAGAGGAGUGGACCUGAACCUGAAGUUUACAAUGGAGAAGACCCUAUGUCUCCAUCUUUGGACAUAUCCAUAGAACAUCUGAAUCAGCUGAUUUUACAGUUGGAUCCAACAUUCCAACCCCUGCCUGUCAAGAACGACCAGAUGAGAAAAAAUUCUACUAAUGUAGCCUCCAAGAAGCAACCAGAAGCAACCAAGAAACAAAGUUCUCCAGAGAUAAAAUGUGUUGCGGUGAAUGUGAAAAGAGCCGUGUGUCAGGAGAACAUUCACCAGACAUCAAGUCCCAUUACAAAACAUGAGGGCCUAUUAAUAUCUCGAGGAACUACUAUGGACAGCUGUACCCCUAACUGCAGUCCUAUUGUCUCUGAAUCCCGUCCAUGUGUCAGGGGUCCUCAGACACUUCAGAGGCGCCCAUCAACUGGAUACUGCCAGCAGGCAACACAGAGCAUUCCUAUUGUAUACCAGAGGUCCAAUCAACAUGACACCAUUAUGUCCUCAUCUCUGGGGUCAGAGACCAUGCAGCACCCAAGGCCACUUUUCCGCAAUAGUGAAAUCUCGAUGAUAUCCAACAGUCCUGGAUCUGACACCAGCUACGUCUUAGGGAGCACUCAUUCUCUUCCUCAAGAUGAUUUUGAUGGGCCAAGCUUCCAUGGAAGAACAUUAGAAAGUCCUUGUGGAUCUGUGGGGUCAUUUUCCAAUAUAAUGAGUCCUGGCUUAAUGUCCCCUACAACACCUGCACAUCACUUUGACCACAAUACUGAGAUCUUCAACUCUAACCCAUGUCUGCCCAAAGUCCCUAACCAGAAGAUGUUUACUACAAAAGGCAACACCAACAGCUGCCCUCCAUCUGUUACCAGUUCCAGUAUGGAUAUACCAAUACUUUUGGUAAAUGGGUGCUUGGAGAGUGAAGACAGUUUAAAAAAAUCCUCUAGGAUGCUCCAGCAUAGAAGUUCUUCCAGUUCCAACAGACCAAACAAGACCUGCUCUGAGUCCUCCAUUACUAACUGCACAUAUAAUUCUAUGAAAGACACACAGCCUGGCAUGAAAUUUGUAAUGGACACUUCUAAGCAUUGGUUCAAGCCCAACAUUACUCGGGAGCAAGCCAUCGAGUUCUUGAAAGACAAGGAACCAGGAGCUUUUAUUAUCAGAGACAGUACUUCCUACCGGGGAUCCUUUGGAAUGGCCAUGAAGGUCCCUGGGAUGCCAGCCAAAACAGGAAAGGGAACAAAUGACCUUGUAAGACAUUUCCUGAUAGAGUCAUCUGCCAAAGGCGUUCACUUGAAGGGGGCUUGUGAGGAACCCCAUUUUGGAAGUCUCUCUGCUUUGGUUUAUCAGCACACUAUCACUCCUUUAUCUUUACCCUGCAAACUGGUUAUUGCAGACAAAGAUCAGUCUGAAGGAGACAGCAGUCCAGAGUCUCCCCAGGUGCCUACUUUGUCCAACCUGAAGACAUCAUCAUCAUGCAACGUCCUUUAUUUAAACUCUGUUAGCACCGAGACUCUGACUGGGUCCAGCGCCGUCCAAAAAGCUGUAUCCACCACCUUUGAGACGUCCACCCAGUCCACACCAACCAUCGUACAUUUUAAAGCCACUGAUCAGGGAGUCACCCUGACGGAUGUACAGCGCAAAGUUUUUUUCCGCCGACACUACCCGCUGUCAACAAUCACUUUCUGCAGUUUGGACCCUGAGCUCAGAAAGUGGCAGAAACAGUGCAGAUCUUCAAGAAUAUUUGGCUUUGUGGCAAAGAACCCGACAGAUGCCGCAGACAACGUGUGCCACGUUUUUGCCGAGUAUGAUGCUAUUCAGCCGGCCUCGCCUCUAAUAAGCUUCUUGACGCACCUAAUCCAGCAGCAAGAAAAGGUGUAAUGGGCCCAUGGGAAUCUUUAAUAUCUUUUAGAUAUUGUCAGCUGAUGCUGAUAGCUACUGGAGAAGUCUGCUUCCAUCUGAUCAUGUCCUACUGUAUUCACAGCAGUAGAUCUGAAUCUCCCUAUAUGAUACUCCAUUUGGGACUGGUCUGUUUUCUUCAUCAGCUAUUGGUAGAUAUCUGCUCAUGGCUGACUAAUUGAAUCUGCACUAAUUAGCUGAGUAGUCUUGGGUGGAAGAAUUUCCCACUGGUUACACAGAGCACUGGCCUAGGAUUAGUUAAAAUAUGGAAAGUUCAGUAGGGUCUUGAGGAAAAGUCCAACUUGUGUUAUUGCAAAUCAUAUUUUGGCACUGAUAAUUUAUAAGUGUUCCAGUGGAUGACAGCUUCUUGGGCUGCCCUGAUUUUGCACAUACUUGUGUCCAAAAAUGGAAAUGAUAUCCAUGUCUAUUCCAGCCUAACGGAGUCAGACAAGGGAAAAAAACAGUCAAAGACUCUCAGAAGAGAAGACAAUAUAGAAGCAUUAGCCAGCAGUGAAAGACAGAGUAUGUUGAAAAGAUAGGAAGUUAUGGUGUAAUAUAGAAUUCUCCUAGCACCCGGAAAUAAGGGCUACCCUGGCACAAGACCCGUAACCAAUCAGAUGGUUGGUUUCAUUAUGUUCCCUGCAACAGAGCAGUAAAAGCCACCUGCCGAUUGGUUGAGUCUUUGUCAGAGGCAAUGGCAGGUGUUCCUGAUUCACAUAUGUAUCUUGAUUUUCAUUGUAUUUUUGUUUCUCCCUUCCUAAUGACUAUUUGUUAUAUUUUAAAUAAAGGAGAGCAGAGACAUAGUGAUUAAAUCAGUUUCUCUAGUUAAAAUGUCCAGUGUGAAGAGGUGAGCUGCAUUAUGGCCGAUGGGACUUCUUGCAUCCAGCUGCUAAAUACUGUAUAUUAUAAUAUAUAUAUAUAUAAUACUGUGUAUAUUAUAAUCCACAUUCCUCUCCCUAGUGGGUCAUUAUUACAGGCUUGAUAUUACCGAUUUGUUCUAUUUAUACAUUUCUUUUUGUAACGCACAAGAACAUUGUUUCCAAUAAAUGCUUUUUUAUAUAUAAAA